AUGACCGAUUCCGUUGAAUUACUUGUUAAUCCUCCUAACGAGUAUUGGAUCCAAAUAUGUAAAUUAAUUGUGGAAGCCGAGAGUUGGCUAAAUUCUCUUCACGAUUACAAGACUUGGAAAGAGGCCUUCGGAGAUGACUUCGAAUUACUGGUGGCUGUCGACAAAGGUGAGUACAACUAGUCCUAACAAUUUGUAAUGACGUCUAGAAUCAAAAGCGAUCCUCGGUUGUAUUACUGUAGUCCAUUACUACGGACCCAACAGUACCAUUUCAAUGAUUGGUUGCUACUUUGUAACCAAAGAGAACCGAGGAAGGGGACUUGGAGUUUACCUUUUUGACCAAGCUAAAGCUCGAUGCAAAGGCAACACCUUUUUGUUUGGAGGUAAGACUUCGAUACUACAGAAAUAAUGCAUUAGAGGAAUCAAUAAAAAUAAAUUUUAGCGGCUUCCAUGACCAAGAAGUACGCCGAUGUCCAUCAUUUCAACAAGAUCACAGACUACGCAGUUGUUAGACGAACGGUUGUAACAACUAAACUAAGACCGCUACUCUUAAACAAUGAUCCAACUCUCAUCCUUAAACAUCCAUCGGCCGUUGGAUGGGAUGAGAUCGAGAAAGUGAGUUAACAACUUAUUUUUUAUUCUCCCUUUAGUACCUCAAAAAGUACGUCGGAAAAUUGAAUAUCAUCCACGUGGUAAAAGCCCUCCUAAUACAACCGGGAUCUUAUCCAUUGGUAAGUUCUGACAUUACCGAAUUCAUAAACAAUACCUACAGGUGGCCUUAACGACGGAGAAUCGGAUUGUUGCACUUGGCACUGUCAGAGAACAACAUGGAGAGACUCUGUCUGUAGGACCUCUAAUAGGAAACGACCCAGUAAGUUGCUAAACGACCACCGACCUAGAUUAAAACAAUAUUCAACUCGUACAUUUCAGAUAGCAGCUUGCUCAGUACUUCGUGGAAUUUUGUUAAACAUUGACAAUCUCAUGGAUUUCAAGGCAUUUGCUAUGGAGAGCCCAACAACUAACGAGGAGAGUGACAAAAUCAUCAAACAACUCAGUGAAGGGGACUACAAAAUCCAUUUCGGGCAUGAAUUACAACCCCAAUUCACAGAGGAGAUCGUCCCAGUACGUUCAAUAGUCAUUAGAAAUUACGUAACCCCUAAAUUUCAAGCCAAAUGUUCAAAAAAAACCGUUACCUUUUUCUGUUUCAGCUUCCCGUUGCCCACGUUUACGCGAUCGGGCAGUCGGAUGUCUCCUUGCUUUGA